AUGUCGACAGGAUUUCAUCCAAUUUCAUCAUUACGAACACUCUACGUCACGUUGGUAAGGCCGGUCUUGGAGUUUGCUGCUGUAGUUUGGACCCCUCAUCAGAUUGGUCACUGUUCUCAGCUCGAGGCAGUGCAGAAAAGAUUCUUGCGGCUAGUUGGAGCUAAACAGGGACAACGUCAUUGGGAUGUUGACUUGAAUAAAAUGGCACACCGUCUGAACCUUCCACUAUUAUCUGCCCGAAGAAUGCUACUUGACCUGCUGUUCCUUUUCAAGAUAGUAAACAACCAGAUCGACUGUCCUGAGAUCCUCCAUCAAUUGGACUUCAACGUUCCCCAUCAUGCUCGCGGAUAA